AUGAUUUCAUUAAGACCAGUUUUUUUACCCAGACAGGGCAUAGUGUAUAAAGCUAUCAGAUGUCGCUUCAAUUACCUGCAGAAUAGGGCGUGCAAUCGUUCUGUGGUUACUUCUACCAUAGAUUGGAAACCUAUAAAAACUACACAUAAUCCUAACGAAGGUCCCAAAAAUGGGUCUUCCACGGGAAAGAAAGUGGUGCUUGGCCUAAUGUUUGCAAUGCCAGUCAUUUCUUUUUAUUUAGGUACAUGGCAAUUGAGAAGAUUGGAUUGGAAAACAAAGUUGAUAGCAAGUUGUGAGACUAAAUUAAUAUACCCACCGAUUUCCUUACCCAAAGUCUUCACAGUAGACAUGUGUGAAGAUUGGGAGUAUCGUAAGGUUAAAAUUAAGGGGCAUUUUGUUCACGAAGAAGAAUUAUUUGUGGGUCCUAGAGUGAAGCAUGGCGAAAAGGGCUACUUAUUAUUCACACCAUUUAUUAGGGAAGAUACCGGUGAAAAAAUUUUGGUAGAACGUGGUUGGAUUGCAGAAGCAAAAGUUUCACCAGAUACAAGGACACUGACACAUUUAUCUUUACCUAGUGGUAAAGAUAUCGAACUUAUAUGUAUUGUGCGCCCACCAAAGAAACGCGGUAAGUUUCAAUGGAAGCAGGAGGAUAAGGAGUCCAGACUGUGGCAGGUAUCUGAUAUUUAUGACAUGGCAGCGUCUGUAGAUUGUAAACCUAUCCAUUUCCAAGCUUUGUACGACAUGACUAACCAUGCUUCCUGGAUGAACAAUGAAACAGAGUCUCAUGAACAAAAUUUAUUGGCUUCCAUACGACAUUGGGUUACAGGGACAAAGAAAAUCGAUAUUAAAUCAAUUGCCGAUGAUGAUGAUUCCUUGGCUUUUACGGAAUGGCAGUUUAUGAAGGCUGGUGUACCUAUUGGAAAAACGCCGACCGUAGACUUCAGAAAUAGCCACUUGCAAUAUCUUGUUACAUGGUACGGGCUAUCAUUCUUAAGUACGAUCUUUUUGAUUGUCGCAUUGAAGAAGAUGUGGAAAGGAGGUGUUAUAUCUCAAUCACAGCUCAAAAAAGAGAAAUUAAAACAUGCCAGGAAAUACACGUAA